AUGAGCCGCCAAUUCACCUGCAAGUCUGGAGCCGGCAGCAGGGGCUUCAGCGGCUGCUCCGCAGUGCUGUCUGGGGGCAGCGCCUCCUCCUACCGGGCAGGGGGCAAAGGGCUCAGCGGGGGCUUCAGCAGCCGGAGUCUCUACAGCCUGGGAGGGGCCCGGAGCAUCACCCUCAACAUGGCCAGCGGCAGCGGGAAGAAUGGAGGUUUUGGAUUUGGCCGGAACCGGGCCAGCGGCUUCGCCGGCAGCAUCUUUGGCAGUGUGGCGCUGGGGCCUGUGUGCCCCACUGUGUGCCCACCUGGAGGCAUCCACCAGGUCACAGUCAACGAAAGCCUCCUGGCCCCCCUCAAUGUGGAGCUGGACCCCGAGAUCCAGAAGGUGCGCGCCCAGGAGCGGGAGCAGAUCAAGGCCCUGAACAACAAGUUCGCCUCCUUCAUCGACAAGGUGCGCUUCCUAGAGCAGCAGAACCAGGUGCUGGAGACCAAGUGGGAGCUGCUGCAGCAGCUGGACCUGAACAACUGCAAGAACAACCUGGAGCCCAUCCUCGAGGGCUACAUCAGCAACAUGCGGAAGCAGCUGGAGACACUCUCUGGUGACAGGGUGAGGCUGGACUCCGAGCUGAGGAACGUGCGUGACGUGGUGGAGGACUACAAGAAGAAGUAUGAGGAGGAGAUCAACCGACGGACGGCUGCAGAAAAUGAAUUUGUGCUGCUGAAGAAGGAUGUGGAUGCGGCUUAUGCCAACAAGGUGGAGCUGCAGGCCAAGGUGGACUCCAUGGACCAGGACAUCAAAUUCUUCAAGUGUCUCUUCGAAGCUGAGAUGGCUCAGAUCCAGUCCCACAUCAGCGACAUGUCUGUCAUCCUCUCCAUGGACAACAACCGGCAGCUGGACCUGGACAGCAUCAUUGACGAGGUCCGCGCCCAGUACGAGGAGAUCGCCCUGAAGAGCAAGGCCGAGGCCGAGGCUCUGUACCAGACCAAGUUCCAGGAGCUGCAGCUGGCAGCCGGCCGACAUGGGGAUGACCUCAAAAACACCAAGAAUGAAAUCACUGAGCUAACCCGGUUCAUCCAGAGACUCCGCUCAGAGAUCGAGAAUGCCAAGAAGCAGGCUGCUAACCUGGAGACGGCCAUUGCUGAUGCCGAGCAGCGAGGAGACAGUGCCCUCAAGGACGCCCGGGCCAAGCUGGACGAGCUGGAAGGUGCCCUGCACCAGGCCAAGGAGGAGCUGGCACGGAUGUUGCGCGAGUACCAGGAGCUGAUGAGCCUGAAGCUGGCGCUGGACAUGGAGAUCGCCACCUACCGCAAGCUGCUGGAGGGCGAGGAGUGCAGGAUGUCAGGAGAGUACCCUUCUCCAGUCAGCAUCUCCAUUAUCAGCAGCACCAGCGGCAGCGGCUUCCGGCCCAGCACAGUGAGCGGUGGCUACGUGGCCAACAGCACCAGCUGCAUUUCUGGAGUGUGCAGCGUCCGCGGCGGGGAGAGCAGGAGCCGGGGCAGCGCCAGCGACUACAAGGACGCCCUAACGAAGGGCUCCAACCUGAGCACCCCCUCCAAGAAAGGCGGCCGGUAGAGAAGGCUUCCUGUGGCCUUUCUCCCUCAGGCGCUCUGCUCCCCAGCCUACUGUCCGCCCUCCUACUCCCUUGUUCCACCCCCGGGCCCCUGGAUUUGUCUUCUGCCAACGUUCUGAGCCUGGGUAGCUCUGGGCUGCCAUGUGUGGUGCAGCUCUGAUAGACCCCAGGCAGUUCCCAGCUUCAGCUCAGGUCCAGCAUGUCUUUCCCUCCAGCCUUUGCCUUCGUCCUCACCAUACUGCCUGGCCUCUUGGGUCUCCAUCGGGGCUUUGUCAUCUGCUGAGCUUUUAUCUGAGCUCCUGCCUAUGACAGAAGCUAGCUAUGCCCAAAGGAAGACUAACAGAGAACCGACUGAGGGGGCCCCGGCCACCCGCCCGCGGCAGCCUCACUCUGAGUGGGACCACUCAGAACAGCGGGACUCUGGCUUCACUUUCCUGCACCCAGAACCAGAGGAAAGGGGACACCGUGGCUUCUCUUGUAUUCUUUAACGCCCUCCCUGUUGCAUCCACAAUAAAC